AUGGCGGCCGUCGCGGGAGCGGGCGAGAGGGCUGGGGCUGCAGCCGAGCCGCCGGGUGCUUGCCCCGGCGCGGACAGCGGAAACGUCUCCCAGAGCCACAGCAGCGCCUCCGGCCUCGGGGAGCCGGAGGACGAGGACGCCUCGGAGGCGUCGCUCAGCGCUACCGCCGCCGCUUAUUCCGCGUACCUGCUCGCCGACCGCAGCCUCUUCAGCGACCAGAUCGAAAGCUUAGACAAGAGUCUAGAAGAUUUGCUGACCAGAGUGGAUGAAUUUGUGGGUAUGCUGGACAUGAUUCGAAGUGAUUCCUCUCAAGUUGUCAAUGAAAGUAUACCUCAAAUUUACACAAAAGCUACAGAAAUGAGGCAAAUAUACAGGAAGAUUGACAAACUAGAGGCUUUUGUGAAGAUGAUUGGAAAUAGUGUAGCUGGACUAGAAGAACGGGUCAUAAAGGCAGAAACAGACCUUGGAGCUUUUCCGAGCACAUUCAAGAAAAUCUUGCACACAAUCAGCAUACCGUCCUUCCUUAAUAAAUCGUCUUCCUCACGGCAGCAAGAGACCCUCUAUGAACCUCCAGUCCUCUUCAAGACUGAAGACUAUUUUCCAUGCCUUAAUGAAGCACCUUAUUGAUGAUUUUUGCUUUGGGAUUGGUAUGGAUCAGCCAGGGUAGAGACAGCCAAGUGAACACAAGAAAGGCUAACCUCAAAAUAGCUGCGUUUCUGAGCAUUAUUGAUGGCAUAUUGCCGUUCUGAUUCUUAUUGUCUUCCUUCAGGCAGUAUUUUCAGGUAAUCUUUGUGUACGUUAUUUCAAAAGUCUUCAUAAACCACAGUAUAAAUUUUCAGAUUAUAUUGGGGAAGGAACUUAAGAAUACUUCUGUAUUAGAUUUUUUUUUUUUAAAUAGGGAAAUAAUAGGAAACAUACUUUUAUAUAUAAACCUUUUAACACAUAAGUAUCUGUGCUGCUGCAAGUGUAAAUAGUUAUACCACAAGGAUGUCUCUUUUUUUCUCUUUUUCCUGAUGUACUGAUUGAGGUGAAGGAGAAAAUAUGGCUAAAAUAAGCUACUCCCAAGUUUUUGAACCUGGUCCCUGCAGUUUGUACAGAGAAAUACACCACGUUGGGAUGUGCAAGUUGCAAGGGGAGGACUUGGAAGAUCAGCGAGGAGUCAAGGACAUGGCUCAAUCACGUGAUCUAGUCACAGUUCACAAAGCAAACAUCCUGCCCCAACUGAUGAUCAUCAGGUCACAGUGACCUGAGCUUCUAAUUAUUGCACCAUUGUAUUAUUUGAUGUGUAACCAGGUGGGCAUGAUAUUUAUAUAGCCUGCUGUCAAAAAGAAAAAGUAUCGUAAGUUUAGGCAGGGACAUCCUUGGACUGAGCCUCAAUCCAGCGCCUGAUCAAGCUGUCUGCUUUUCCCUCGCAACCCUCCGUGCGGUUACAGGGUCUUCCUGCGCUGAUUGCAGUGUAAGUAUAUCAUCAAUAAACUAAUAGUU